UAUUAAUAAUGAAACCAUUCUUCGACAUUUAUACACACGUAUAUAUAUAUGUAUAUAUAUAUGCAGUAUGCAUCCAUGCGCAAAUGUUUCCAUAUUUAAAAACAAGUUCGUAGUUUGUACGUUUGUAUAUAUACAUACAUGUUUAAUAUUUAGUGUCUAAAUAACGCAUAAUUUCAACAAACACCGCACUGUCAAUUUUUUUCAUUAGUGUGGAAACAUCCUGACGGUUCAAACGAGCCGCGGUGUGUCAAUAAAAAUUUGGCAACGAUGCGUAGAAUUCCGUAGUUGUCGAUUACUCGUGGAACUUAAACCGAUUGGUCGGAAUCACGCAGCCUCCCACUCCGAUAACUUGACAAUGACGAGCUCCAGCAGCCAAUCGGAGUGUACACGAGUGAGGCGAGGGUGUUUGGUAUGCCUUGGGACAGGGCAGCUUGUUCGCAGUAAUUCAAGGUUUUGACCGUGUAACAAUAUUGUUGUGCUAUCGUCGUCUGUUGCAAAAAGAAAUAAUUCGCGUUCUCGACGGCCGCGGGAUAUCUUUUGUGUUUUAAGUUCAGCCGCGUAUAGAAUGGCCGCAGUAUUCGAUAUCGAAUUGCACGAUGCGGAUACGGUAAAUAGGGACGAGUCGGACGAUGAUGUUAUCGAGAUCGGAGAGGAGGAGUACGAUGCCAACCCGAACGUGAAUGAGAUAACCGAUUCGGAAGGUUGUGAAACGGUUCCGAUAUCAGAACAGAAUGUCAAUCGCGGACGGGAAAGAGCUGGACCACAGGAUUUCGAAUUGUGUAAAGUUAUCGGGAAGGGUGGUUAUGGCAAGGUCUUUCAAGUGCGUAAAAUAACGGGUAAUGACAGUGGCACGAUUUUUGCAAUGAAGGUAGGCGAAAAAUUAGAUUUACUUUUUUCUUCAGCUUUACACUACAGCUUUUUUAUCAACAUUGUACGACAUCGACAGAUGUCGUAAUAUGAGUGAAAGGAUAUUUUCGAUAAAACUUUGAUUUUCGUUUCUGGAUUAUAUAAGUUCUCUGUUUUUACU